GCAAAGCAGCAACAAUUAGCUCCUCCAUUUCCCAUCUCCACAUCUCUCUCUCUCUCUCUCUGAUCAAAUAUGGAUAUGUCUGCAGCAAUAUCUCCAAUCAAUGUUCCUUCUCAAUUCUCCUACUCUCCAUCUUCUUCUUCACCACCUUCUUCUCAUCAUUCAUCUCCGACUACUUUUCCUUCUCCUUCAAAGUCUUCUCCAAAUCUUACUCCACCUUCAGCUGCCACUCCCCUCCCUCCUCCGGCUGUUGUUAGCCCUUGUGCUGCCUGCAAAAUCCUUCGCCGGCGUUGCGUUGACAAGUGUGUUUUAGCUCCUUAUUUUCCUCCUUCUGAGCCAUACAAGUUCACCAUUGCUCAUAGGGUCUUUGGAGCCAGCAACAUCAUCAAGUUUUUGCAGGAACUGCCAGAGUCCCAGAGAGCAGAUGCAGUAAGCAGCAUGGUUUAUGAAGCAAAUGCGAGGAUCAGAGACCCGGUUUAUGGCUGUGCUGGUGCAAUUUCCCAGCUUCAAAAACAAGUUAGUGACCUCCAAGCACAACUAGCCAAGGCACAAGCUGAGGUGGUGAACAUGCAAUGCCAGCAAGCCAAUUUAGUCGCUUUACUCUGCAUGGAAAUGACACAGUCUCAACAAGAACCCAUCUUGCAACAACACCAAUACGUUGACACAAGCUGCUUUCUUGACGAGAACAACUUGGGCACAUCAUGGGAACCUCUUUGGACAUGAUGAUCUACUAUGCCAAUUACUUAUGCCCUCAAGAUGGGGCAGGCACGGGACAUCGAAAAACAUACUCAUUAAGAAAAAAUUAAAUAAAGUAACCAUAUUAGGUUUGGUAGAUAUGUGUCAUGAUGAAUUUCUGUUUAGCCAUGUUGACGAAACGGACUGUUAUUGAUGGGUCUUUCUGACACCUGUAAUGUUAGGAGAAAAAGGAGGGAAACCAUUGAAAAGAAAAGAGAGAGAGAGAAUUAAGGAGAUCGAUUGGUGCUAAUUGUUGAGUCAGAUUAAAGAAGUUUAUAUAUCGGUGACCUAAUUUUCUAAUACAUAUUGUUUGUUCAUGA